AUGAAGUACUCCUUCAUCGCUGGCCUGGCCAUGCUGGGUGCGGCUCUUGCCGACAACGUGCCCUCCAUUGAGGUUAAGGGCAAGAAGUUCUUCUACUCCAACAACGGCACCGAAUUCUUCAUCCGUGGUGUCGCCUACCAGCCGGAUUACGAUGGCCGCAAUGGUGGCUCGGGCCAGGACCACUACACCGACCCGCUGGCCGACCCCGAGUCCUGCAAGCGGGACAUCAAGUACCUGACUGAGCUGCGCACCAACGUCAUCCGGACCUACGCCCUGAACCCCAAGGAAAACCACGACGAGUGCAUGAACGCCCUCGCCGAUGCCGGUAUCUACCUGAUCUCGGAUUUGGCCGAGCCCGGCAACUCCAUCAACCAGGACCAGCCCACCUGGGAUGCCGACCUGUUCACCCGCUACAGCACUGUUGUCGAUGCCUUCGCCAAGUACCCCAACGUCAUUGGAUUCUUCGCCGGAAACGAGGUUGCCAACCAGGUCAACCGUACCGGUUCCAUGGCCUACGUCAAGGCGGCUGUCCGUGAUAUGAAGAAGUACAUCAAGGAUAAGAACUACCGUUCUUCCUUGUACAUUGGUUACGCCUCGGAUGACGACAAGAACGUCCGUGAGCAGACCACCAACUACCUGGUGUGCGACGACCCCUCGGACUCGAUCGACUUCUACGGCUACAACAUCUACGAGUGGUGCGGCAAGUCCUCGUUCCACGACUCGGGCUACGAUGAACGUACCAAGGACUUCAAGGACUACCCCGUCCCCGCCUUUUUCUCCGAGUACGGUUGCAUCAAGCCUGCCCCGCGUACCUUUGACGACGUCCCCGUUCUGUUCGGCCCCAAGAUGAACGACGUGUGGAGCGGUGGUAUCGUCUACAUGUACUUCGAGAACGGCGCCGAAUACGGUCUGGUCUCGACCCAGGGCAAGGAGGUCAAGACCCUCCCCGACUUCAGCCGUCUGUCGUCGCAGAUCCAGAAGGCCACCGACACCGGUGUCAACAAGGACAAGUACUCGGUCUCGCAGACCGUCGGCCGCAGCUGCCCCAAGGUCGGCUCGGACUUCAGCGCCGCCAGCGCCCUGCCUCCCUCGCCCGAUGCCGAUCUCUGCUCAUGCAUGUACGACACCCUCGAGUGCCGCCCCAAGGACGACAUCAGCGACAAGGAUGUCGACAAGAACCUGGGCUACCUGGGUGGCAAGAAGGGCGUUAUGGAUGGUGUGACCGGUGACGCGUCCAAGGGCAAGUACGGUGCCUACAGCAUGUGCAACGCCAAGCAGCGUCUCGGUUUCGCCAUGAACGCCUACUACAAGGCCAACAAGGGCAGCGCCGGCGAGAAGGCCUGCGACUUCAACGGUGCCGGUACCACCCGCAACGCCGCCAAGGCUAGCGGUUCCUGCUCGUCCCAGAUGAACGACAUCGGUCCCUCCGGCACCGGCACCGUUUCCGGCGGUGGCAAGCUCGCUGCCAGCACUGGCGGCGGCGGCGGCGGCAGUGGUGACACCUCCAAGGCCGCUGGCUCCACCAGCGGCCCCCAGGCUGUUCACGUCGGAGCCCUCCAGGCCGGUUUCUACGUGGUUGCCGCUCUCGCCUCGGGUGCUUUCAUGAUCAUGCUGUAA